ACCCACACCCCCACAAUUUCAAUUCGAAGAAAAUUUUAACACCGUUGAUACAUCACUUUUCCGGCAUCGGCGAUGCAAGGAGUCCGCCGUUAUGGGCAGCUAAGUGACGGCGGAGUAAGGCUAGAAUUGACUCCAACCACCACGUCCCCGCUAGCUAUAACCGUCGCUGAGUCAACUGAGAUGGGUAUCCAACGGCUGAUAUGUGAGAAUCCAGUAAUCAUUUUCAGCCGCUCCUCUUGCUACAUGUGCCACGUCAUGAAACGGCUGCUGUCCACCGUUGGGGUGCACCCCACCAUCAUCGAAUUGGAUGAGGAUGAGAUCAGUGCGUUCACAGUUCACGAUGUCGCCGGCACCAACCACCACGUUGAUGGCGAAGGUGGUGGUGGACGUGGUGGUGUUCCAGCGUUGUAUAUAGGAGGUACAAGUAUUGGUGGGCUAGAGAGCCUGGUGGCACUCCACUUGAGUGGCCACCUAGUGUCCAAGCUUAUGGAAGUUGGUGUUUUGAGAAAGAAUUAAACUAUUUGUACCAGGUGAAUUACCUGUUGGCAGCACUGCACUGGAUGCCAACACUACAGUUUCUAGCCCCUAUCCAAUAAUAGAAUGUCACAUGUGCAAAAUCUCUGUACAUGUAGCUAAGUUCAAAUUAUGGUAUUUUAAUUUUAAUUUUAAUUAUUUAUUCGAGCAUGUUGUUUGGUAACUAGUAUUGAACAGGACAGAAGGUAAGUGGACACUACUAUCUGUUUCAUCCAAUACUAGAAGAUUUUAAUUUUUUUUCUUAUUUAGUAUGGAUCGAUCCUUUUCAAUAUUGUGUGUCAAAUGUGUAUUUCCAAUUUUCGUUUAUAAUAUAAUCAUA